GAAAAAUAUUAAAAAACAAUUUUCUAAGGUAUUUCAUUAUUAUUUAUUAUUAUCAUCAUCAUCACCAUCAUUAUUAAGAAAAUAAUAAGUUUCAAGUCCGUAAAUACGGAAUUUGUCUGUCACUUUUCAAGUGCCGUGCAUAACUCAAAGAAGGUGAUUAUAAAACAUUACAGGUACAAAAUGGCCGAGAAUUUUACGACUACCAAAGAAAAGAAGAAAAACACACAGCUACGUUCCUGCGCGCGAUGUCGGAACCAUGCCAUCAUCAGCCCCCUGAAGGGCCACAAGCGCUUCUGUCUGUUCGCUAACUGUAGCUGUAGUAGCUGCUGUCUGAGUGCGCAGAGACAGAAGGUGUCCCGGGAACAGAUCGCCCUCCGUCGUCGCCAGGUGCAGGAUGAGGAGGCGGGACGAUCGAUACCUGUACCCGAGGAGGUGCUGACGGGCCGAGGCAUCAGCUCGCUGGCCGGGACAAACCUCCAGUCACUGAGACAACAGUUCCCCCAAAUCAGCGUCGGUCGACUCAACGCCGUCCUCGUGGAAACAGGCAACCUACGCCAGACCAUUAUACGUCUUCAGAAAGAAGAGACAAGCCGAGAUGGAAUGGAUUGGCCAAUAAACCCAGGUCCGACAUCAUCGACAACGACUUCCACAGCAAUGGGACUUCGCCAGGGAUCGCAAAGAACGUUUAAAACCGAGCCAUUCUUCCCCAGCGAGUUCUAUCCCAGUAGUUACUACCCCCAGGCAUCCCCCUACACCCCAAUGUACAGCACCCUACCCCCCUUCACCAGACCCACCCCGUCGGCAGCAGCUGCCUACAAGAACUAUCACGCUGUCGAGUCCCCCUUCCAGCAGACCCCGCCCUUCCUUCCACCACCCCCGUCAGCAACCAACCCCUACAGCUACCAGCUUAUGAGCUCUAUGGGGCUUUCUGGCGGCAGCACCUCCCCAGCAGAUGCGCCUUCCAGGGAGUUCAAGAAAAGUCUUGCCAAGUAUUGUGGGGUUGGUGAACAAGGGGAGGCCGACCAGCCCCCAGAGACCACCCCCGUGCCCGUAAGUUUCCACAGCAGCAGCACAACCGGGAUGUCGUCGGAUGAGGAGACAGCACUACUUAUUGACUGUUGAAACGACUAAGGGCUGUUCCAGGCCAUUAGCCUUGUUUAUCCACUGGAUCCUCUGGAUAACCGAGAAUGAGUCAUUUCCUCUCUACUGUUCAGGAUUAUUUUCUUUUGAUGUUUUAGUUGUUUAGACUUGAGUCUCAAGUGUGUGAUAAUGGAGCAUUGAGUGCCAAUAAUUGGUUUCACACUGAUAUCAGAUAGAUUUGUAAAGGCUUUUCCAAGUUUGCUCAAUAUUAAUUAAAUAUGAAUCUCAGUCAGUUCUACUGGACACAGCGAAGUCAAAUUUAGUUGUUCUUUAUAUUGGUUUUGCAUUGUUUUCCCCGUUAAUUUAGCCUGCUCUUUAAAAAUACCUAAUCUCAACCGAGUGAUGCCACGGACGUAGUGAAGAUGAGGAGUAAACAUCGUACGGGGAUGUCUAUUUCCGUGGCGCCACUCGUUUCCCUGCAAAUUCUCUAAUCAAAGAAGUGAUCAGCAAAAAGAUGGGCAUGAAAUGUCAGUGUGACAUCAUGCUUGUCCAGGUCAACCCGACAUGACAAAGUAUAUUACUCUAAUUGAAUGCAAUGUAACUAAAUAUGCGCAACUUUUGUACAUAUUGUUAACAUUGUUUGAUUCUGUUUAAAGAUUGUGAAUUAACAAUAUGCUUUCAAUGUUAU